CAACCACUCUUGAGGGCAUUUUUAUUGAUGCAUUCAAUAUUUGAAGUGAAUCAGUUUGAGAAAUCAAACGAAAUGGGGAGAAGAUAAUUAAGUCCAAUGUUUAAUUCCAAUUUUAGUGAAGUACCGCUCGAUAUGAGCAAUAUCCAUUUUUUUAUUUUAUUUUUUUGCGUUUGAACUCGUCUUUUCUCUUUUCCUAUAUUUUGGUUGAUAUAGGUUGAAACACAAGUAUAUAUUUAGCUUUCUAAACAGUUUGAAUUAAUAAGAUAGUAUUAACAGAAUGAGAAUGUUACUUCUAUCUCAUCAGGAAGAGUUAUAAUGCGCCGAAUCACGCGAUGCGUCUGUAGGCGGGGCUUGGGUUUUGACAGACAGAGUUUUCAGGUGCCAAAAGUUGGAAACCCGGAGAAUAAGUACAAUACUUAUAUAUCUCUAAAUAUUCCAUACGGCAAGGUUACAUUUGCAAGAAAUGAAAUGAAGAAUUUUAUUUUCCGGAUUUUAUGUAAUAGGAAUUGAUUCACAGCAGCCAUGGGUUGACAUUAAAUUAAAAAAAAAACCUGCCUGGAACACGUGCUCUUACCCGAAAGUUUAUUGCAGUGUAAAACGAUUGUGUAUAUUUCUUAUUCCAAAUUGUUUGGAUUAAUAUGUUAUCAAUGCUGGAUUCAACCUUUCGCCAAAAUAAUGUAGGAUGACUUGUGUGCGACUGGUGUUACUCCUGUUGUGUGUAGUAACGGGCCUGCAUGUUGGGAGAACGCAGAUGGAGAGUCGACAAAUCCGAUCAUAUCGACGAAGUUGCCCGCCAGGUUGCACCACCUGUUCCGCCAUUAACGGAUGUAUCACGUGUCGACCCAGCCUCUUCCUGUUCUUAUCACGGACCGGAAUGCGUCAACAGGGCGUCUGUACUCACAGUUGUCCCACCGGUUACUAUGGCGUUAGGCGUCACACAUACAGUAUUUGUUACAGAUGUCAGAUAGACAAUUGUGAAACGUGUUUCGGUCAGGGAUUCUGCACGCGGUGUCGAGCCCCUUACCUCUCCUACAGAGGGCAGUGCAUAGAGAGAUGCCCGAAUGGAAUGCACUACGCUAACUAUUCCAAAGACUGUAGAAGAACAGUCGAUUGUAUGACUGGUCCUUGGGCGAUGUGGAGCCCCUGUACGAGGAAUGGGCAGAAUUGUGGGUAUCGGUAUGGUAUGAUUACCCGAACCCGCGACGUCCUGGAGAGCCCCUCUUCCAACGGGGCCAGGUGUCCAAAUCUCAUAGAAAGUCGAUGUUGUCUCAUGGAAAUGAGACGGUGUGUUGAUCUAACUUACAAUAAUUCUGAUCUCAUCCCCGAGAAAAAGAAAAAUCGUCUGCAAAAACACAGGAAAAAGAGGCGAAAAAAGAAACGAAGGAGGCAUCGGAAAAGAAACCAGAAACGGAGACGAAGACCCAAAGAUAGAAGGAGAAAGCGAAAAAAGUUUAAAAAACAUAAAAAGUCUAGACUUAGAAUUCGUAAAAAGAAACUGCAGAUAUACAAAGAGGCUUGGAAGCAUUUUUGUCGAAGGGACGUUGUAUAUUUUCAUAUCAAUAGCAUUCUGUAAAAGCAGGCAAUGUUCCAAGCUGGGGGUAGUCAUGACCCUAUUAUUAUAUAUUACGCAGGUUCUGAUUUUACCACGUCCAUCAUUGACAACGUGGAAACAUCCGAAAUUGCUUCAAGCACAGUUCUCCAGUGUUCAAACGAGCACAACUAAGGGAGACACCCGCUGAACCAAUGCAAAAGUAUCUUAUUGGCUGGAUCAAGUCAAGUGACAAAGUAUCUUAUUGGCUGGAUCAAGUCAAGUGACAAAGUAUCUUAUUAGCUGGAUCAAGUCAAGUGACAAAGUAUUUUAUUGGCUGGAGCAAGUCAAGUGACAAAGUAUCUUAUUGGCUGGAUCAAGUCAAGUGACAGUAUUUUAUUGGCUGGAUCAAGUCAAGUGACUUAGAUAAGCACUGCUUGUUGUGCAAAUAAAAUUUGAAGAAGAUUGACUUUAAUGAAGUAUGAAUAAAGAAGUGAAAGCUCUUUGAUUUCCACUAUAUGUAUAGUUGUUUUUUAAAUGUUUUUUGUAUAUACAUGUUUGUCAUAAUAAAUUUGUUUUUAUAUGUCUUCAUUGAAUUUGAAUAAAAAUCUGAAAAUGUC